AGCAACCUUCAACGCCAAAUACUCAAGUAGCCAGCUAGCCAACAUAAAACCCACCAUUUUCUGACCCAUCAUCCUAAAAAUCUCACUUCCUCCGAAUUAAAAAUCUUAUGUUUUUUCUUCUUCUUUGUAAUUGUUGAUUAUUGUAGCAGGGCAAAUAGGUGUAAGAUGUCUGUUUUGGUAGCCAAUUCUCACGUUCUGUGUAGCAGACAAGUCCAUCACAGUCACAGAGACCAACAGCCACAGUUCUGGAGCAAUGGCGGCGGUUUCCUGUUGUUGCCAAAAGCUUCUGGAUUAGGGUUUAUGGACAGAAACAGAGAUGGCAACAAGACGUUGAAGAGGGACUUGAAAGUUGAGGCCUUUUGGGAUACGGAUACCUCGAGUCCCACGGUUGUGGAGUUGGAAGCAAUCAACGACUGUGAUCAGCUUGAUCAGAUUCUUAGCCAUGCACGGGAGAGCUCUCAGCCCGUUGUCAUUGAUUGGAUGGCAUCUUGGUGCCGCAAAUGCAUCUAUUUGAAGCCUAAAUUGGAGAAAUUGGCUGCUGAAUAUGACACCAAGAUCAAAUUCUACUAUGUUGAUGUCAACAAAGUACCUCAAGAAAAUGCCUACAAUUCAGGUGAGAUUUUCUACUGUACAGUAAAAGUUUUGCGAUAGUGUUAAACGACAUAGCUAAACUGUUGUAAAUGGUUUGUUAAAUGUAAUUGCAGGUAUGGAAAGAUGGAGAGUACAAAGCAGAAGUGAUUGGGGGACAUAAAGCAUGGCUUGUGCUUGAAGAAGUGAGAGAAAUGCUCAAAAACUUUGAGUGAAAGUUUAUCUUUUGAUCGUUCUGUUUCCUUUAUUAACCCUUUUACCUGUAAUAUGUUUUCAUCACAAUAUAUAAUGAAAGAAGAAUCUGUGCAGUCAAAUUUGCUUUCCCUCUGGUUUCUUCAAAUGUUUGUAAGGAUGAAUUCCAGUUUUGAGCUCAAUUUUUCGUUCCUUGGUGCCUCGAAGGAACGAAUAAUAUUGCAUUCGAGAUGGAAUGCGCAAGAAACUAAUCUCGGUUUGAUAUCUUGCCGGAUUGUGCGAGGUUGAUUCAUACAAUGAGAUUGUUCUCUAAGAAUGGCCAAAUUGGUGAAAUUGAUGAGGAAACAAUUUACUUUGCAAAACUACGAAAUUAGUAUGACAAAAUAUCACGGUAAUUUGGUUGGCUGGAUAAGAUGAGUUAAUAACC